AUGGUGAGCACGGCAACGACUUUGGAUUUGAAUGACCAGACGUUUAAGGAUAACGUCAUAACAGCUUGUAAGAUGUUGAGAAUCGAGAUCAAUAUCAAUGAAUUGAGUAAAGCUCAAGAUGAUCAGCAACUUGAUUCGAAUGACAUGUCCAUUAAGGAUACCGGUAUGCCAGCUUCUGAUAUCAAUGAAUUGAGUAAAGCUCAAGAUGAGACAAACAUUGGGGUGGAUAAAAAUCUAGAUCAGCCACUUGAUUCGAAUGACAUGUCCCUUAAGGAUACCGGUAUGCCUGCUUCUGAUAUGUUGGGAGUUGAGAUGAAUAUCAAUCCAGUAGAAAAAUCUCAAGAUCCGGCUAACAUAUUUCUGUAUGAUGAUCUAAUAUUCGAAAGCGAAUUAGUUGAUCUUGUGGACAAAGCAUCUGCCGAGUCUGAUACUUCGAAGACAAAGCACUUCGAGUGUGCUUUUGAUAUUCCCACGUUUGAUUUGCACUUCACUCCUCUAGACCCGACAAAGGAACAUGAUAACACAUAUCAACAGAAGGAAUCUUUGGAGGUGGCUGGAAUUGAGCGGAACGAUGGAUACCAGACAAUGACGGGGAAUAACGUCAAGGAUGUCCAUGCAAAUAAUGUGGAUGUGUCGAAGAUCAAAGAAAAACCUCUAAGGGACAAGGAUACAAGCUCGGCGGAUCUGGGAUUGAAUAAGGAUAGUGAUAUGCAAAAAGCUGUUGAGGUAUGUGAAAUAAAUAAAUAA